UGUUUUUUGAUUUUUGAGAGACUAGAUUUUUGACAUCUAAUGAUUAGGCCUAAUAAGCUAAUGUCUUUUCUUUGCUAAUGGAAUCUACUGGCGAUAUUUGUAAAAUAUUCCACAGUUACAAUUUUGAGGCUGAUGACGAUUUUCAAUCUGGAAUUCAAAGUAUAUUUCAACAAUGUGAAAAGACAACAGAAAAAUUGCUCCAGGCUCAGUUGUUCUAUAUCUCUAAGAAAUAUGGGAAAAUUACAGCCAUUGAUUACAGACACUGGCUUAAAGAUAAUAAUUUGGAAAAUCAGACAGAAGAUCAUAGCCUGAUUGAAGAAAGAAAAAUACACACAAAAAGUGAGCCAUUUAAACCAAAUACUGAAAAGUCACCUAGAUCAAGUAUCUGUGAAGCAAAUGUUAUGAGCACAGAUAGAACUGAGGCAUUCAAAAACUCUGAAACUAUUGAUUCUUGCCAACAAUUAAUUUCUGAAAUAGUAUUGUCAGAGAAAGAUGAUGAAAUAAAGACAGUUUUGUCUGACACUGAUGAGGUGCCUAUAGCUAGCUUUGGUCAGGUGGUAGAAAUGAUAUCUAAGGGUCUACCAUUACCUGGUGUUACUGAACUAGAUAUAAAACCAUUGGACAUUGAACCAACUGAAACCAGAAUGGAGCGGAGGAUCAAACCCUGGGAACAGGGAUAACUUUGAAAUGGGGAGGGG